AUGGCAGAGGCCGAGGAGCAGAAGCAGGCUGAGGCAGACGCACGUAGGAAGCCAGAUGGAGAGGACGGUUCAGAUGGGAAUAAAAUGAUACAAACAGAGGGACAGGAGACGGCGGGUGCUGAGGGGCACAUCAUCGCAGAGGAAGAGGGGCAGCAUGACGAGGAGGCAGCGUCGCAGGUAUUCGCAUACCGAGAGACGCAGAGCAUGGCAGAGACAGGGCGUCAAAAUACUGAGGAGGAGGUUCGUGUGGUCCCGGAGGCUGGAGUGGGGCACUACGAGGGAGAUGCGCUGGAAACAGAAGAGGAGCAGAAUAAGGAGGAUACGGUACAUCCGGCAGUCCGGAUAUUUUUGGGAGGAAGUCCAACGCGGAGACCAGGAACCGGGGUAGAGGGGCCAUGGAGGGUGGCAGACGUUGGGGCGCCUAGGGAUACAGUGGAUCUCAACAGGCAGAGGCGGCCUACCCUUCACCGGAGAGCAGUGGAGAGGAAUCUCGGCCGAGGCGGGGUGGCAGAAGCGUUUUGGCAGGUAGAGUGGGUCGAGGCAGAGACGGCAAUACGGCGGAUCCUGCAUCGGACGAGUACAGUCCUGGACGAACAAGACGUUCUGCAACUUGGCGGCCCGCAACAGUAG